CGGUGACGUCAGCAGGAUGUAAAUGCCGUGCCUCGCGGUCUCCUCGCUCUUUUCCUCUCCAGUGCUGUUUGGGCGGCAGGGCGGCGUUCUCUGUCUCAAAGAUUUAACACCGAAGUCCCAAAAUGAUCAUCUACAAGUGCGUCAUCAGCAACGAUGAGAUGUUCUCAGACUCCUUCAAGAUCAUCGAAUCUGACGAUGGCAUCUUCUAUGAAGUUGAAGGAAAGAUGGUCACCAGGACGGAGGGCUUUGAUGAUUCUUUAAUUGGUGCCAACGCAUCAGCUGAAGAAGCAUCUGAGGGCACGGACACGUCCUCGACAUCUGGAAUCGACAUCGUCCUCAACCACAACCUGCAGGAGACCCCCCCUUACGACAAGAAGAUGUAUUUAGCCUACAUCAAGGACUACGUUAAAGCCAUUAAGGCCCACCUGGAAGAGCACAAUCCGGACAGAGUGGCAGCUUUCGUGGCUGAAAUCCAAAAGGGAGUAAAGAAGAUCGUGUCUAACCUGAAAGAAUACCGGUUUUACUUGGGAGAGUCGAUGAAUGGCGACGGCAUGGUGGGACUUCUGGACUACCGCGAGGACGGCAUCACGCCGUACAUGUUGUUCUUCAAAGAUGGUCUCAUCGUUGAGAAAUGUUAAAAACCUGGAACUACAUCUGCUUUUCAAACGGCCCAGCGGACAGACUGAAGGAGCAUUUUGCAUCAUGCCUGGAAAAUAAACUUUUACAAUUUCGUACACUCGCCACGCCCCAGGCUGGGUGAUUCAAACACGAUUGGUCACUGAAUACGGUUUUAAAUAUUCUUUCUGGCUUUUCGCAGUGUUUUGAUUGUCAUCGAAAAGAAGGCAGGAUAAUGAGUGGACUUCUGACUGAAAGAUGUAUUUUUUUUCCAUCUGUCUGCAUACUAUUUUAGCAAAAAUACGUACAGGUUGACCUCCGACCUAGUUACGGUUGCAUUAAAUAAGAUUCCAUCUUCAAUGAAAAUUCUUCCGGUUUAAUUUGAAAAUAAAGUCCCAUACCACCACA